AUGAAUAGCGCCCUGGCAUACCUUCAGCGAUACCGGGACAACCCGACCCACACGACAUAUGAAAUCCAGGAAAGGGAAGAAUUCCUCGCACCAAAACUCACGGUUUGCCAGUUUCCCGCGUGGAACACUCGAAAUCCCUAUAGGAACGAAGAGAGAGGGCCCUUAUCCUCGUUCAUGAAGAAGUUCGGCAUCGAAGCGGAGGACGUCGUCGCGACCUGCCUGCUAAAUCGACAAAGCUGCACGCCUGGAAAGACCAAGAGUAUUGGAAAUAUCAGCUCCGUCGUCGAUCUCCCGACUGCAAUGUGGACCCAAGGGAUCCAGUACUUCGACUGCGACCUAAUGAACAUCCGACGCUGCUUCACUCUUCACCCCAAACAUCCGCUGGGAGUCCUGGAUCACAUGUCCGGGUAUUUCUUGAACCUCAGCAUGGAGCCAGAGAUAGAGGCGUUGCACGGGAGCAAAUCACAAUGGGAGAUCUCGAUCCACAACGACCCCGACUGGGCAUCGGACCUGGAGGGGACCUCCACCGUCAUCAAGGUCUUGCCGAGGACCUCCAAUACCAUUUUUUUGUCCAUAAGGGAAAUGCUGUACGUGCCAACGUCGACUCAUCCUUGCGAAGAGGAUCCGUCCUAUAGUCGAGACCGGUGCUGGAGCGAUUGCGUGGCCAGGAAUCUGUCGCCGACUUGGGAUUGUCGGCUGAGCUGGAUGAACGUGUCGUUGCCGCUUUGCGAGACGGUGGAGGACAUUCAACGGUUCCUUCGGGAUGGCUACAAUCAGAUGAAUAAGGAACGCUUUUGGAAGUUGAACUGCAACUGCCCCCAGCCCUGCAAGAUGAUCCAGUUCACGACGCAGGCGAUGCCCCCCGAGCUCGGCGACUCCGGGAACCGAUCCGCCCUGGUCCACGUCUACUUCCCCUCGAGGGAGGUGGAGGUGCUGGUGGAGCACGAGUCCUACGAUCUGAACCAGAUGGUCGGGGAACUGGGCGGCUGCGUCGGAUUGUUCCUCGGCGUCUCGCUCGUCUCCGUUUACGAGAUCGUUGCCGGAUUCUUCUUCGGCCGCGUUUCUGCCUGA